UUUGGCUGGGUCACCCCCUUGGUCAAGCUCGGUCAUCGCACCGUGCUCAACCUUGCCGAUCUUCUGCCCCUGGGUACCGCCAUGACCACGGCCCAUACUAUUCAUCACUUUCACGAGGCCUGGGAGAAGGAAGUCCGCGACCGUGGACCGGAAGCCGCCUCGCCAGCACGCGUCAUUUACCAGCUGCAUAAAGGCAAAAUGUGGCUUACCUUCUUCCUCAUGCUCUGUUGGCUUCUCUUUUUCAUGCUCUCCCCAAUCUUCUUCAUGCGCGAGCUGACCGACUAUAUGAGCGCCAACAGUGACAAGACCGUGGGCUAUGGUGUUUUCUUGGCCAUUGGCUAUGUAAUCUGUGAAGCACUGCGCUCGCUUUUUGCCCAUCAAUACUGGUGCGUCCAAACCACGAUUGGCACUGGACUUCGCAGCAUGAUGUAUGGCGCCGUGUACCACAAGGCCAUUCAGCUGCGCGAUCUAAGUGGCUACAGCGUUGGCGAGCUCGUCAAUCUGAGUUCCAGCGAUGGUCAACGUCUCUUCGACGCGUCAACAAUGACCUGCUUCAUUGGAACGUCGCUCCUUAUGACCAUUGUGGUCGUUGUUGUCACUUCCCUCUACGUGGGUCCCUUUGCCAUCUUGGGCUGCAGUAUCUACGUAUUUAUGAUCCCACUCCAGUCAAUCGUGGCGAAAUACUCGGGCACCCUGCGUCGCCGCGGCGUUGUUCUCACCGAUCAACGCAUCCGUCUCAUGAGCGAGCUCCUCAACAGCAUGAAGCUGGUCAAGAUGUACGCCUGGGAAAAACCUUUCACAGAGCGCAUUGCCGCCAUCCGCGAACAAGAACGUGGCGUCCUCACAAUCGCCGCCUACAUCCAGUCGGGCCUGGCCAGCAUUGUGCCCGUGGCCCCAGUUUGCGCCGGGGUCUUGACCUUUUCUCUUACGGCUGCAACCGGUGGAGAUGUUUCCGCCAGUGACGCCUUUGCCACCCUGGCCCUCUUCAAUCUGAUGCGAUUCUCCUUUGCCACAGUGCCACGUGCCGUGCGGGCGCUCUCUGAAACCAUGGUGGGCUUGCAACGCUUGAAGCGAUUUCUUCUACUCGAAAAUCGACAGAUCAGGUUUCCCGCACCCCUCAAAAGCUCCAACGUGAUUGAAAUCAGCAAUGCAACCGUUGCUUGGACCGCCGUCACCCACACCCCCACCACCGGUGAUCCAAAAAAAAAAGGUGGGCUCGCCCGCUCUCACGCUUUCCGCUGCCACAAGGUCAAGCGGCGCCGUGCUCGCAAAUCAGCAAACAGCGAAGCAGCCUUGCCAGAACCUCAAGACAUACCCGUCCUAUUCGACAUUAACCUUCACGUCCCGCGUGGCCAGCUGAUCGGUGUUUGCGGCGGCGUUGGCUCGGGCAAGAGCUCGCUGUUGAGUGCCAUCAUCGGGCAGAUGAAGGUUCAAUCAGGCCAAAUUCGCUGUGGUGACCGCAUCGCCUAUGUCUCACAGCAAGCAUGGAUUCAGUUCAUGUCGCUCAAGGAAAACAUCCUUUUUGGCGAGGAUUUCGAUGAGGAAAAGUACAAGCACGCUCUACACGUGGCUUGUUUGGAGCCAGAUCUCGAAGCCUUGCCAGGCGGCGAUGCAACUGAAAUUGGUGAACGUGGCAUCAAUCUCAGUGGAGGACAAAAGCAACGCGUGAGCCUGGCAAGGGCUGUUUAUAGUGAUUGUGAUAUCUACCUCCUGGACGAUCCUCUGAGUGCGGUUGAUGCCAACGUGGGUCGCCACAUCUUUGAAAAGUGCCUUCGCGGAAGCUUGCGCGGCAAAACGGUUGUCUUUGUUACACAUCAGCUCCAGUUCCUGCCCCAAUGCGACCGUGUGAUAUACAUGGAAGGUGGACGCGUGGCUCAAGAUGGCACCUACGCUGAACUCAUCGCGGAAGGUGCUGGUGCCAAGCGUGAGCGUCGUUCGACCCUUGGGCAGCUCGUUCGCAAUCUCGUGGAAGAGCGCCAGCAAAACGGUAAAGUGGGCUCAGACGCCCCCUCGAUCAAAACUAUUGCUGAAGCUGAGGACACUAAAUCUACAAAGGAAGAACCCUCUGAACCCAAAAAGGACGGUCAACAACUCGUACAAGCAGAGUUGCGCGAAAAGGGCGCCGUCAACCUCUCGACCUACUCCAAAUACGCCCGGGCCUCGGGUGGUAUGGCCGUGGCCAUUUUCGUCCUUUUUCUUUUCAUCCUGGCCGUCGCCUUGAAAAAUGCCUCGGACAUUUUCUUGAGCUGGUGGCUGGGCCAAGGUGACGGAGACGACACCAAUGCGGCUGAUCCCGGCAACAUUUCGGACAAUGACAACGUGGAUACAUACAGCCUCAUUUACGGCAUGAGUGCCGUCGCUUUACUGCUUGUCACGGCCUUCCGUGCUUUCCUAUACAACCAGCGCGUACUGGCUGCUUCGACCCAUCUACAUUCUCAGGCGAGUCCAUGCAUUAUGCAGGCCCCCAUGGCAUUCUUCGACUCAACGCCUACGGGCCGAAUCCUCAACCGCUUUGCAAAGGACCUGGAUGACGUCGAUGUCCAAUUACCUGCGGUGUUGGAGCAACUCCUGCAAAACAUGUUCUUGAUCAUUUUCUCGCUGGGUGUUGUAGCGUAUGUUGUUCCAUGGUUCCUCAUUCCGUUGGUGCCCAUCAUGUGCUUCUACGUGUACCUCGUUCGUUACUUCCGACCAACUCAACGCGAGACCAAGCGCCUGGAUAACAUUUCUCGCAGCCCACUCUUUUCCCAUCUGACCGCUACUCUGCAAGGCUUGCCCACCCUUCAUGCUUUUGCAAAAGAACGGCCGUUUUUGCGCGAGCUGUGUUUGCGUUUGGACGAAAAUACCAUGGCGUUUUAUUCAUUUUGGUACUCGAGCCGCUGGUUCGCGUAUCGCCUGGACUUUGUGACCAUCAUGCUGACGGCCUCUGUGGCCGUGCUCAUGCUCAUUCUUCGCAAUGACAUUGAUCCAGAGCUGGCAGGCCUUGGUCUUCUUUAUGUUUCUUCCUUGGGUGGCAUGUUUCAAUUCACCACGCGCCUUACGGCUGAGACAGAGGCGCGUUUUACGGCCGUUGAGCGCAUCACUGGGUACAUUACUGACCUACCAAGUGAAGCACCCGCGCAACGCCCUGAGGAUCCCCCGGCCAAUGUCUGGCCCAGUGCUGGCGGCAUUACCUUUCGCGACGUUUUCGUUCGGUAUCGUCCCGAUCUGCCACCAGUUUUGCGCAACAUCAGCUUUGACAUCAAGCCCUGUGAAAAAAUUGGCAUUGCCGGUCGUACUGGUUGCGGUAAGAGCACCCUCAUGCUGGUGCUGUAUCGGCUGUUGGAACUGGAAAGCGGCUCCAUUGAGAUUGAUGGACGAAGCAUCGCCGAGCUGGGCCUUCACACGCUGCGUUCCAAGCUUGCUAUCAUCCCCCAGGACCCUACCAUGUUUGUGGGGACGGUGCGUAGCAACCUGGACCCCUUUGAUGAGGCCACAGAUGAGGCUCUCUGGGAUGCGUUGGAGAAGGCCCACUUGAAGCAAACCAUUCAGGCCCUGCCUUCAGGCCUCAUGUCACCGGUGGUUGAGAAUGGCGAGAACUUUUCCGUGGGCGAACGACAGCUGCUGUGCCUCGCUCGGGCGCUGCUUCGAGACAGUCGAAUCCUGUUGCUGGAUGAAGCCACAAGCUCGGCCGAUGCCAAGACGGACCAAGCCAUUCAAGACACAAUUGAGCGGGAGUUUUCGGGCAAACGUACCUUGCUGAUUAUCGCGCACCGACUGGAUACUAUUGUGGACGCGGAUCGUAUCAUGGUUCUUGAUGAUGGCGAGCUCAUGGAAUUUGAUUCUCCGGAAACGCUGCUGGCAAACUCCUCGUCCCGGUUCGCACAAUUGGUUGCC